CUACCAGGCUGCUUCUCUUUCCAGGCGACGCGUUUGCUUUUUGCAGGACAAUCCAGGCUCCUCCCUUGCACAACGUCACCCGAUCCCGAUCUCUCCCAAAGCGUCAGCGAUAGUCAGCAGCGCACUGUGGUGGCAGAUCAGCGGGGCGGUGCGCAUAGCGGGAUAAAGCUACACUGUAUUUCAUCCAAAAAGAGCGAGAAAAAGGGGGGCGCAUCCCACCAUUUCCAGAGUUCCAACAACUUCCCCGGCCUGGGUGUGCUGAUCUCUCCGGCUGGCCGCGGCUGCACACGGGGACAACCGGGAACUUGCGGAACUAAAACAGGGACGGUGCCGGCAGACUAUCUGUUAGGUGCUGGGUCACAUUUGCCGACGGGAGAAAAAAGGGCGACGUUUCCCCGGAGGAACUCUCCAAGUGUUGGAAACUUCCCAGCGCAGCAUCGAUCGAGGACCUCCCGCCUACUUUACCUCCGAUCCACAAGCCUGGAAGGGGGGGAGAGAGAGUCCUGCAGCCGCUGCGGUGGAUGGAGCAACAAAGGCUCGGCGGUUAAACUAGAAGAGCCAACUCUCAGCCUGUCCUCGCCUGCUGUUUCCUGAAGACUCCAUCACCUACACGGUAGAUCUGCAGCCGCCUGGAUCUCAUUUCGGGGACCCGGCCAGGUUUACUUGGUGCAAACUCCGCGCCAGCCAGGGAAUCGCCGCAGACGUGAAAUUGAUGCUUUGGUACGGAGAGGCGCACCACCGAUCCUCCAGUUUUGCGAAAGUCUCCUGCCGCUCAGUGAGGGAGGUGGACUAGCUCGGGCCGAAGUGGGAUUUGCAGAAGUUACAUGCUUGGUGUUUGUCGCCUCGAGUGAGCCGCGAUCAUCCACUCCCAGGUCACCAGAGAAGAUCCGGAUAGUUGAGGAGCCAUGGCGAUGUGUGUGGGGAUAUGGAUACUCCUGUUGGCGCUGCACGUCCAAGCUGGCGACGGACAGAUGGUACAGAUGGACUCCAGUAAGUCUGGCUUUGUGGGUUCACAAGUGGAACUGCGCUGCAUUUUCAUCAACAGCAACCCGCCAGUCAAGAUCUCUCAAGUCACCUGGCAGAAGCUCCUCAAUGGCACCAAGCAGAACGUGGCUAUAGCCAACCCGGCCCUCGGCGUGUCCGUCCUGCCGCCCUUCAAGGAGCGGGUCAGCUUCAAGCAGGCAGCGGUUCGCCAUCGUACGCCCUCGCUGGAGGACACCACCAUCGUGUUCUCCAGCCUGCAGCUGUCUGACGAAGCCGCCUACAUCUGCGAGUAUACCACGUUUCCUGCAGGCAACCGGGAGAACAUGGUCAACCUGACUGUGUUUGCUCGGCCUAUGACACGUAUGACCUUGACAACGCCCACGAUUGUGGCCAGAGCCCAGAAACGCAAGAUGACCGUGGCGACUUGUGUAUCAGCCAAUGGGAAGCCCCCAAGUGUGAUCAAAUGGGACACCAGGUUGAAGGGCGAAGCCACUUUCCAGGAGACUCGCAACCAAAACGGGACGGUGACGGUACGGAGCAACUACGUGGUGGUACCGAGCCGCGAGACCCACAAACAGAAGCUGACGUGUAUCGUGACGUACCGAAACGAAAAGAUCACGGACAGCGUGGUGCUCAACGUGCAGUAUGAACCGGAGGUGAAGAUCGAGGGCUUUGAUGGAAACUGGUACCUGAACCGGCAGAAUGUUCAGCUGACCUGCAGGGCUGAUGCUAACCCCCCUGUCACGAUCUACCAGUGGAAACUCUUGAACGGCUCCCUGCCCAGCAACGUGGAGAUCAAGAACAACACCCUGUUCUUCAAGGGGCCGGUGACCUACGACCUGGCCGGGACGUACGUCUGUGACGCCACCAACGGCAUCGGGACUCGUACCGGCAUCGUGGACGUCAACAUCACGGAAUUCCCUAACAACCCGCCACCUGGGGGCCAUGAGAUCCCGCAGGAGCAGCACAAUGCAGGUGCCGCCAUCGGGGGCGCUGUGGGGGGAGUCGCCCUGUUGAGCGUGGCGGCCAUACUGCUCUUCAUAUUCCUGCGCCGCCGCCAGCGCACCUUCAAAGGUGACUACAGCACCAAGAAACAUGUGUUCGGAAACGGGUACAGUAAGGCCGGCGGCCUGCCCGCCCACCCUCCCAUCCCCAAGAACCUGCAGUACCCGGACGACUCGGACGAUGAGAAGAAACCGGCGCAGAUCGGCGGCCCCGGAGGGUUUGAGGCGAGCGAGCGCGAUUUUGACGCCGAGCAAGAGGACCUGAAGAGGCCCUAUUUCACUGUGGACGAAGGAGAGAGCCGAGAUUAUGACGAGCGGACUCUGGCUUUCCAGUAUGACCCUGAACCUGAGAUAGCCGACGAUAUGAUCUCUCAAACCGACGGCUCUGUCAUUUCUAAGAAAGAGUGGUAUGUGUAGUGGCAUGCGACAACCAAACCAAACCCUUUGUCCCCCACCUGCAUUCCACUGCACCCUUCACCUCCAUCACGUCCCCACCCUCCCAUUCGUCAAACUGCACCCUUCACGGUCCCGCUCCUCUUUUGGUCAGCCCGGUACCCCCCUCCCCCUGACUCCCCCCCUCCGCAUCAGACCCCAUCCAACUAAUCUCAUUUAGAAAAUCAAGCGUCUAUUUAAAGUGCUAGCAACAUCAACUUGUCGACAUGACGGCAUUGGUAUCAGUUCCAUCAGGUGAAUGGGCAAAGAAUACAAACGGUAUGUAAACGGACUCGUUGUCACUGACCUACGAGGCCGGGAGGUGAUUGGUCGAUUAAUACUGGUGUAAUAUUCUUUUUGUGUAUUUUUUCAUGUUCUAAAUGUAUUAAAUGUAUAAAAAGAGACUGCAGGUUGAGGUUUUGCUGAGCACAUUUGUGAAAGUCUUACACUGGAUGUGCAAUUUGUUUUUUUGGUUUUUUUCCAUCACCAUUGCCGUUUUUCUUAUUUUUAUAAUGUCUUUUUGUAUGAUUUUUAAGUGACCAGAGAAUUGAGAGUUCAUGUCUGGUGUAAUUACAGAUGGAGUUGAAAGUGUUUGUAAUUUUGUGGUCAAAUGUUUCAGAGAAAGUGGGAAAAAAAAAAAAAAAAAACACCACACAGGACCUGUAUCAUGUCUCACUGGGGUUAGCGUUCGUGAAAUUACUAAUUUUUGUAUAUUUGCAGCAUUAAAAGCAGAUAUGUUAAUGCUGUUUUCCAAAGACAUGCUUAGUAUUCCUUGACCCCCCUGCGUUCAUCUGCUUGGUGAGUUUCUUUACUGAGAGGGAGUCAGUCUACUGAGCCAUGUGGACAUGGCACUGACGGAUGAAUAGCGAGCGUUUUCUCAUAAGCUCCCACAUCAGCCAAUCAGAAUAGCAGGGGAGAGAAGGGCUGCAAUCGUAUCACACGCAACAGAUUGUGCUUUUCAGUGGUGCAUCACAGUCACGUCCAGAAGAGGUCCGGUGAGUCCACAGAAACCCUCACUGAUGCUCUGAAAUGUCAUGAUUGUCACGUGACCUGAACAGGUUGGCUGCGUACCUGAGCUCCCUGUCUGACCACUAUAAUGACAUGUCUGGGUUGUUUUUUUUUUGUGUGUGUGUUGCGUUGUCACGAUUAUGUUUUGUUCUAACCCUUCUUUUAUCAAAUGGAUGUCAGAGGAAAGUGUGUGGUGGGUUGCCCGAUGAUGACUCUCCCUCCUUAUAAUUGUGUGACUCUGUCCUGAAGAGUUGGCGUAAGCCUUUCCGGCAGCAGCGGUUGCUAUGAGGAGUCAUCCAUGGACACAAAGGGCACGGAUAGGAGGAAAAUGUCAACUUAUGCUUAACCAUGCUUUUAUUUACGCCUACAGAGAAAACAUUUUAAUAUGUAAAGGGAAAUAUGAUGGUGACCAUGCUAGACUGUAAUAAGUCACCUGCUGCUUUCAUGAUGUUUUUGUUCCAUCUCUUUUUUUUUUUCUUUCUAAAAUAAAUUUCAGUAGCUGUUUGGGGGAUUUUAAAGGAGCGAAGGGUCGUCCUUCCCCUCAUGUCGGCGUCUGAAGCUACAAAUAGGGAUACAAUGACCCUCACUGACGGCAUUAUAUACUGUAUAUCUGGCUUUUCAAAUCACUGUUAGCAAGUGCCAGCGGAUGCUACAGCUCUGUAGCGUAGCAAAUUAAUUGUUUCUCUCCUCAGCAUCGAGGUCCAUUACACAAUCAGCAAAAUGCAUUUGCUUCAAACAAAAAAAAAAGUUCAGUCUGAAAUAUCGGAUAAAGCGGAAACAAAGGAGUAAAUCCAUGGAUGUAAGCGAUUAUCUGACUGGCUCUGAACAAUAUAAAUACUAUAUUAAGCCUUAUUUUAUGCAUGUUUUUUGUGUUGGAGUGGAUGUGCGUAUGUUGCUAUUUUUUCUGUAUCAAUUCCAGUGUGUUUGUCCUCAUUUGCAGCUCAAAAGACGACACUUUGUCUGUGUUGUCAGUAUUGACAGAGGUAUGAGUUUAUGGGCACGCAGUACCCAGCGACAAUAUUGCAGUUAACACACAAAAAGUAUAUAAAUAUCUAUAUAAAUAAAGAUGAAAAAAGAACAUCUCUUGGAGAGCGGAUCUCUCUGCUGACUGGAGAUGUGAAUGUUUUACAGUUCAUGCUUGUCUACUGUAUGUUUUUAGAUGAGCAUGUUAAUCAUGAGCCUCAAUUUAUAUCGUACUUUCGACACAAAUUAAGAUCACAGAGUGGGGAAAAAAUCAUGUUCUUAUAAAAAAGUCUGUUAAUUUGAGUUUGGUUUCAUUUUCUGUUGAUUUCAGUUUUUGUUCAUUUCUCGAGCCUUAUUUCUGUUUUUGUCUCCACUGCAGUUUGAGAACAAUACAUGAGGUUUGCGACAGGAAGUUUCAAAGUGCAAAAGCAGAUAACAAUUUUACAGCCUUUAGUUUAUUCUUCACCUGCCGAUGAACUGCUUUGCUGUAGCUUCUCAGUUGCGUCACAGCGUUACGGAGACGAACGUGUGAAAAGCACGUUUAUAUCUUCUCUCCUUGCGUUCAGUGCCUAUAAAAGUCAGGAGACAUGAGGUAGUCUGAAGAGCUGCUGCUCCAUCGUUUAAGUUAUUCAUGCUGUAGAACAACAUCAGAAAUACUGUUGAAAUAUGACGCGGACUGCAAACCUCCUCGAAUCAGACGAAUGAUGGUCUUUACUCGCAGUGAACCUUCGGUAGUGUCGUGGGGACGUUGCUCCGCCCGAGCUCCAGCACAGUGCUAAUGAUGCGUCUGCCCUGGAUCAACUGAUUUCUUAAAAGCUGCAUUCAUUACCAUUUUAAAGCUGGUUAAGUGGUGAUACAGCACUUUCCUUCCUGUCAGUACUGGAUAGCUUCAGUCCUGAAGAGAGCGAACUGAGUCACACAUUGCUGACUUUUCUAAGCACAACAAUUGAAGCUAGUGAAUCUAGUGAAAAGAGAUUUAACAUGUAAAUUAAAAUGGGAAAAAAAAAAUGCAACGCUGGCCCAAAUCCCCCCUUUUAAAGCACAAGUUUAAGGUUUCAUUUCGCUUCUUUUGUGCAUCCAUUAUGAAACCACUGCCACACUUGCUUCUCAGACGUGUUGGAGAAAGAAAACCCUUUCAGAUCCGAGUGGACAUUCUGUGUUCUGGUAGAUGUAAACAUUGUCUUCAUAUUGUCGGGGUGUUAUGAGUUUCUCUUUUGUAAUACUGACUGUAACUUCAUUCCAUCCUGAUCUACGUUUUGUAUUCAGUAUGUUCAACAUUCCACUGUAAAUACUGUACAUAGGGUUGAGAUUAUAGUUGGGAUUUAUUUAGGGACAAUAGGGACUCAAAUAUACCUAUUUUGACUGCAAACAUUGAGACUCGAUGAUGGUUAGUUGAAGUUGAUGCAUAGCUUAUUUCCAAAGUCCCACCUAAAAAUGCUCCUCCAGUACGUUUUUAAUAUGCCACUAGCGGCUUCACUGUCAUACAAAGGGGUGAUGCAUACAGUUUGUCGAUGUUAUUGAAAGAAAAUCAAAAGAGAGAAAAUUGUCCGUAUGCAGCCAUGUGAAUGUAUAUUUCUGAGGGUGUUACAAAUAUGAAAAAAAAUCUCUUGUUCAAUUGUGAUGACCCAGUGAAGUAACUUGUAUUUGUUUUAAGCAUUAAAUGAGUUCAAUAGUCAA